AUGGCUGCGGGGCUGCUGGGCUCUGAGGACCUGCUGAGUGCCUGGAACCGGCUGGUGUGGGGCCUGACUUGCCGGGCUUUGAGGACGUGCCGAGGCGGGAACGUGCGGGUCCUGCAACUGAUGCUGAAACCAUGGUGCAUCUCCAGGGCUGUCUACCAGAUGACGGAGGGCCGUCGAUGUCAAGUACAUCUUCUUGAUGACCGGAAGCUGGAACUCCUAGUUCAGCCCAAGCUUUUGGCCAAGGAGCUGCUUGACCUCGUGGCCUCUCACUUCAACCUGAAGGAGAAGGAAUACUUUGGAAUUGCCUUCACAGAUGAGACGGGACACUUGAACUGGCUUCAGCUAGAUCGAAGAGUCUUGGAACAUGACUUCCCCAAAAAGUCGGGACCAGUGGUUUUAUACUUUUGUGUCAGGUUCUAUAUUGAGAGCAUCUCAUACCUGAAGGACAAUGCCACCAUCGAGCUUUUCUUCCUGAAUGCCAAGUCCUGUAUCUACAAGGAGCUGAUUGAUGUUGACAGUGAAGUAGUGUUUGAAUUGGCCUCAUAUAUUUUACAGGAGGCAAAGGGAGAUUUUUCUAGCAAUGAAGUGGUGAGGACGGACCUGAAGAAGCUGCCAGCGCUUCCCACACAGGCCCUGAAGGAGCACCCCUCCCUGGCUUACUGUGAGGACCGGGUCAUCGAGCACUACAAGAAACUCAACGGCCAGACCAGAGGCCAAGCCAUUGUCAACUACAUGAGCAUUGUAGAGUCUCUCCCAACCUAUGGGGUUCACUAUUACGCAGUGAAGGACAAGCAGGGGAUACCGUGGUGGCUGGGCCUGAGCUACAAAGGCAUCUUCCAGUAUGACUACCAUGAUAAAGUCAAGCCCAGGAAGAUAUUCCAAUGGAGACAGUUGGAAAACCUGUAUUUCAGAGAGAAGAAGUUUUCUGUGGAAGUUCAUGACCCACGCAGGGCUUCGGUGACAAGAAGGACGUUUGGACACAGCGGCAUCGCAGUGCACACGUGGUACGCGUGUCCAGCACUGAUCAAGUCCAUCUGGGCUAUGGCCAUUAGCCAGCACCAGUUCUAUCUGGACAGAAAGCAGAGUAAGUCGAAGAUCCAUGCCGCCCGCAGCCUGAGCGAAAUUGCCAUCGACCUAACUGAGACGGGGACGCUGAAGACGUCUAAGCUGGCCAACAUGGGCAGCAAAGGCAAGAUCAUCAGCGGCAGCAGUGGCAGCCUCCUGUCCUCAGGUUCUCAGGAAUCGGAUAGCUCUCAGUCGGCCAAGAAAGACAUGCUGGCGGCCUUGAAAUCCAGGCAGGAAGCUCUGGAGGAAACACUGCGCCAGCGGCUGGAAGAGCUGAAGAAACUCUGCCUCCGAGAAGCAGAGCUGACGGGCAAACUGCCUGUAGAGUAUCCCCUGGAUCCAGGAGAGGAGCCACCCAUUGUUCGGAGAAGAAUCGGGACGGCCUUCAAGCUGGAUGAGCAGAAAAUCUUGCCCAAAGGAGAGGAAGCCGAGUUGGAGCGCCUGGAGCGGGAGUUUGCCAUUCAGUCCCAGAUUACAGAGGCCGCCCGCCGCCUGGCCAGUGACCCCAAUGUCAGCAAAAAACUGAAGAAGCAGAGGAAAACCUCUUAUCUGAACGCACUGAAGAAGCUGCAGGAGAUUGAAAGCGCCAUCAACGAGAACCGCGUCAAAUCUGGAAAGAAACCCACCCAGAGGGCCUCGCUGAUCAUCGACGAUGGAAAUAUUGCCAGUGAAGACAGUUCCCUGUCAGAUGCCCUUGUUCUUGAAGAUGAAGACUCUCAGGUCACCAGCACACUGUCCCCCUUACAGUCCCCUCACAAGGGGCUCCCUCCUCGGCCACCGUCGCACAACCGGCCACCUCCUCCCCAGUCCCUGGAGGGACUCAGGCAGAUGCACUAUCACCGCAACGACUAUGACAAGUCGCCCAUAAAGCCCAAAAUGUGGAGCGAGUCCUCGCUAGAUGAGCCUUACGAGAAGGUCAAGAAACGUUCCUCGCACAGUCACUCCAGCAACCAUAAGCGCUUCCCCAGCACGGGGAGCUGUGCCGAAGCAGGAGGUGGGAGCAGCUCCCUGCAGACCAGCCCCAUCCGCAGCCUCCCGCACUGGAACUCGCAGUGCAGCAUGCCAUCCACACCUGACCUCCGCGUCCGGAGUCCCCACUACGUGCAUUCCACGAGGUCGGUGGACCUCAGCCCCACGCGGCUGCACAGCCUGGCCCUGCAUUUUCGGCACCGGAGCUCCAGCUUGGAGUCCCAGGGCAAGCUCCUGGGCUCAGAGAACGACACGGGGAGCCCCGACUUCUACACGCCACGGACUCGUAGCAGCAACGGCUCGGACCCCAUGGACGACUGUUCGUCGUGCACCAGCCACUCGAGCUCGGAGCACUACUACCCGGCGCAGAUGAACGCCAACUACUCUACGCUGGCCGAGGACUCGCCGUCCAAGGCGCGCGCGCGCCAGCGCCAGCGCCAGCGGGCGGCGGGCGCCCUGGGCGCGGCGAACUCGGGGAGCAUGCCCAACCUAGCGGCGCGCGGCGGCGGCCACGGCGUCUACCUGCACAGCCAGAGCCAACCAAGCUCGCAGUACCGCAUCAAGGAGUACCCUCUGUACGUGGAGGGCGGCGCCACGCCGGUGGUGGUGCGCAGCCUGGAGAGCGAGCAGGAAGGCCACUACAGCGUCAAGGCGCAGUUCAAGACCUCCAGCUCCUACACGGCAGGUGGCCUCUUCCGGGAGAGCUGGCGUGGCGGCGACGAGGGCGACGCGGGCCGCCUGACGCCCUCGCGCUCGCAGAUCCUGCGGACUCCAUCCCUGGGCCGCGAGGGCGCCCCCGACAAGGGCGCCGGACGCGCCGCUGUCUCGGACGAGCUGCGCCAGUGGUACCAGCGCUCGAGCGCCUCGCACAAGGAGCACAGCCGCCUGUCGCACACCAGCUCCACCUCCUCGGACAGCGGCUCCCAGUACAGCACCUCCUCCCAGAGCACCUUCGUGGCGCACAGCAGGGUCACCCGGAUGCCCCAGAUGUGCAAGGCCACGUCAGCUGCCUUACCUCAAAGCCAGAGAAGCUCAACACCGUCCAGUGAAAUAGGAGCGACGCCCCCCAGCAGCCCCCACCACAUCCUAAGCUGGCAGACUGGGAGCUACGGUGACAGCUGUUUCCUGGACUCUUCCCUCUAUCCAGAACUAGCUGAUGUCCAGUGGUACGGGCAGGAAAAAGCCAAGCCCGGGACCCUUGUAUGA